UAUCACUUGACUAGAAACAACUUUGCCAGUAGCUUGCAUUUACACAAUAAAUAAAUAUCAAUAUGAGCAAGAUGUUUUUGGUUAUAAUUUUGUCCAUACAACUACUAACAGUUAUGGCUUUUUACCCCGAAAGUUACGAUGUUGACAUCUAUGCUAUGAUAAAAAGAAGUUUGUAUUUACAAAACAUACUGGAAGAUAGUUGUCAACUAAAAAUGUGUCGCCCAGAUUUUUGGUGCGUGGAGAAAGAAAAACCAAUUAAAAUUCAUCAAUUAAUUAAUAGAAAUGAACAGCUGAUUAUGUCAGAUGACAACGAGACGAGUGUGACGUGCAUAUUUUGUUUCAAUCCAGAAAAGUUUGAACCCGCAAAAACAAAAAUGCAGGAGAAAGAGGUGCAACUUUUCAGGAGUGAUAAUGAUUGCUACAAUUUUAUAACUAAAAGAGUGCCAGACGGAUGCAAUUGUUCUUAGUUGAACCAUUAACAAUGUUAAAACUAUAAAAACA